GACCUGGUACGAAUGUGCAUAGAUAUUACUGAAGGAAUGAAGUAUCUGACUGAAAACAAGUUUGUUCAUCGUGACCUGGCAGCACGCAACUGCAUAUGGUACGGUGCUGGUAGGAGACUUUGGGCUGGCUAGAGAUGUGUACAGCACAGAGUACUACAGAAGUGGAGGUAAUGCAAAACUCCCAGUAAAAUAGAUGUCUCUAGAGACACUGAACGAUGGAAUCAGUAACGAAAAGACCGAUGUU